UGGACGGAAAAGCUUGUCCCAAAUGCACAGAAUUUUCGAUCAUGAAUGGCAGAUUAGAGCACGUUCUUCUUAUCUCUCCCUCCUCCUAUUAGUUAACCCCAAGCCCAGACUUCUCCUGCCAGACUCUUCUCAUCAUGGAAGCCCUUCUCUUCUUCAUUGGAUUCGUUGGUAAUGUCAUCUCUGUCUUGGUCUUUGCCUCGCCCAUCAAAACAUUUUGGAGAAUAGUUAAAAGUGGAUCAACCGAAGGAUUCGAGCCGGCUCCCUACGUCGUCACCCUCCUCAGCUCCUCCUUAUGGGUGUACUACGGGAUCACAAAACCUGACGGCUUCCUCGUUGCCACCGUUAAUGGGGUGGGCAUUGUUUUGGAGGCUAUCUAUGUCACCUUGUUCCUCAUAUAUGCGGCUCCAUCUCUGAGGGCUAAGACGGCUAUUUUGGUGGCACUCUUGGAUGUGGGAAUUUUUGGGGCGGUGGUUUUAGUUACAAGGUUGGUGGUGAUCGAGGAGACCACGAGGGUGAUAGUGAUCGGAGCCAUCUGUGCGUGUCUCAACGUAUUUAUGUAUGGAUCUCCGCUCGCCGCAAUGAAAACUGUCAUCGCCACGAAGAGUGUGGAGUAUAUGCCUUUCUUCCUCUCCUUCUUUCUCUUUCUAAAUGGUGGAAUCUGGACAGUUUAUGCCGUGCUUGAUAGAGAUAUUUUCCUCGGAAUACCAAAUGGAAUUGGUUUCUUCUUGGGCACCAUUCAGUUGGUUCUCUACAUGAUCUACAUGAAUACAAAGGUGUCAAAACACUCAGGAGAGGCAGUCGAAGGACGAUCGCAACAGCAGCGGCUCCUCGAGCCAGAUGGUGCAUGCAGGCAUGAUGAAGAAGAAGGCCAGACCUAGAAGGCUUUAAGCUUCCAUUUGAUUUCAAUAUUUAUCUUUUAUUUUAGGUGUGAAGGGAAUAAGAAUUUAGUUAUUGGAUUUGCUCUUGUUAAAAAUUUAAUGUGGGUUGCUAUGAUUGACGCUGUUAUAUGUAUUGUAGAAAGCAUCAACAAAUAAAAGAUUUUCCCUUUCUUCAUUGACAAAA